CAUAUUUACUCGCCGCCAGAAGAGAUACAUUUCGGUGAGCAUUUAUCUAGGUGUAUUUAUACGCAGAGGAAUUUUAUGCGUUUAUGCUCUCCAGUCAGUCUCAAAAAUGUAUCACGGUUUGCUCGUGUCUCUAGCCGCGUUCAUCGUUUUGGUCCGUGGUGACAUUAAUUUAAUAGUGAAGACACACAGUGGUACAAUUAAAGGAACCAGAAAUGUCGGAAUAGAUCGAAUGUUUAAUGUUUUCUAUAGCAUACCAUACGCCGAACCUCCUGUCGGAGAGUUACGUUUCCAGGCUCCUGUUCCAGUGAAAUCGUGGUCUGGUAUUCGAGAUGCUACGCAACCGCCUCCUGUGUGCAUGCAGCCUCAAAAAUUCACCGAAAUUAACGGCCCUACGUUGGGUCAAGAGGAUUGUUUGUAUUUAAAUGUCUACGUUCCGAAUAUUUUAGUCAGAAUGGGUAAGAAAACACCGGUAAUUGUUUACAUUCAUGGAGGUGGAUUUCAGACUGGUUCCGGGAAUAAACAUCGAGGAGAUUAUUUCAUGGAUAAAAAUGUUAUUUUGGUGACGAUGAAUUACAGAUUGGGAGUGCUGGGUUUCCUCGGAAUGAAUAACGACGUAAUCAGCGGAAAUUUUGGCAUGAAGGAUCAAGCCCUGGCUUUGAAAUGGAUCAAAGAUAACAUCGAAGCUUUUGGCGGUGAUCCUGAUAACAUCACUCUAAUGGGCCAAAGCGCUGGCUCAGCUGCUGUCCAUGCUCACAUGUUUUCUCCACUCAGCAAAGGAUUAUUCCAUAAAGCUAUCAUGCAAAGUGGUAGUAUACUUUCACCUUGGGCAUUCUACGAUGAAGCGUACACAGAAGCUUCGAGCAUCGCUUUCCUUUUCACCACAGGAUGUUUUUAUAAAGAUCAUGUUAAAGCGUUGAAAUGUCUGCAGCGUUUGCCUGCUGAUGAUUUAAUCAAGACUGAGGGCAAAUUAUAUGUUUGGGAUGUGGAUCCAACCGUAUUAUUCAAACUGACUAUAGAAACGAAUGUGACAAACCAACCAUUUUUACCACAAAAGCCAAGUAAAGAAACAUACGUAACUAAAAACAUACCAUGCAUUAUUGGCAUGAACUCUGGCGAAGGCGGUUUCAAAGUGAUACGAUAUUUGUUGAAUGGUGGAUCGAUAGCGAGGAUUAUUAACAUGAAUAAGAAACGCCUGCUGCCAUUAUUGAAUCAAUAUUUGUUCACAACUGAACCAGAAUUGAUCGAUAACAUCACUCAAAAAAUUGAAAAUUAUUAUUUCAAUAAUGAUGAAAUAGGACCUAAUACAGGAUUGAAAAUUGUUAAUAUGUUGACUGAUUCCUUAAUGACUCAUCCAAUGAUAAGAACCAUACUGACGUAUCCAGAUGGUGCUCGAUAUGCUUAUUAUUUUGACCAUCGAGGAUCAUACUCAUCGGUAGGAGAAUCUGGAUUGACGAUGGAUCUAGGUGUAUGUCACUCUGAUGAAAUGCCUUUAAUUUUCCGUGAUGAAGAAAAGGAGAAAAAAUGGACGUCACAAGAUAAACUAGUGUCUACAAAACUACUCCAGUAUUGGACCAAUUUUGCUACGUACUCUGAUCCUAAUGGGCAUUUUACUGAUAAAGUAUGGAAACCUGUUGAAACUGACGGUAUCGAAUUCUUGCACUUUAAAAACGAUUCUACUAUGGCAAUGGAGAAGAAUUUUAUUCUUAAAAGCAGAUAUGACUUCUGGUACUCGUUACCAAUAGGAAGGCAAUUCCUUUAAAUAUUUUGGUAUUUGAUCGUUCAUUUGGAAUAAUAAAAUAAAUACUUAUUAAACUUACACAA